AUAUUUCCAUACAACUCAACAUUUAUUGGGUUGGUACAUUUGACAUCCACUAAUUGAUAGAUCCAUUAUAUUCCAUUGAAUCAUUGAGCUUGAGCUUGUGGUUUCGGACUUUCGGUGAAUCGCCUUCACUCUCCGGAGGGAAUUGCAUAGUCAAGAGGAACUAAGUGCUGGUGAUCAGAGUGUGGGGACAGUUAUUGGGUUUAUGGGCCUAUGGCAUCUUGACCUAAAAACAUUGAUUAAGUGAAGAAGGACUAGGGACCUCUACUACCCCAUUAAGGAUCAUAGCAUUUGACAUUGCAUUUAGCCUUGUAUUCUUUUUUGAGAAACUAUAUGUUAAUCACUUAGAGCUUAUGGUAGCAUUAAGCAACUUAAUUUGGACCAAAAAAAAGUUUGCUUCUCCAUUUUUUAUGUGUUUCUGUUUUGUAGUGUACGUAGUUGUUGUUUCUGAGAUAAUAAGGAAUCAUGCUUGAUGGAUUAUGAAGUUUAAUAAACCUAGGGGAAGGAUAUGCUACUAGUUAUAUGAUAGACAGAGAAUGCUACACAACUGCUCUUUUGGUAUCAAUGGAUAUUUCUAUUUUGGAUUGUUAUCAAGCUCAAUACUUUUCUGACUUUAUCACACUGUUUAGAAAUUAGUUGGAGCAAUAAUACCCAUGAUAGGUGAUAUCCAGCUACGACAUUGCAUUUUAUAAGGUUGGAAAAGUAUCUUAUUGUUUGGGAGACGACAUUUUUGAUUUUCAGAAGUGCGAAUCUUCCAUACCAAGUCAAUCUCUUGUAGUCUUUCUUGCUUGCAUUUUUUAUUUCAUUAUUACAGUUGAUCCUACUAUGAGAACAAUAAGUUCAGAUUUGAGUCAUUUAACAGCACCUUCUUUUUUAUCAUUUCUAUUCACACACCUUUUGGUUGUCCAUGUCCUCUUCUCUGUAUUUUUUCUUUGCCAGUAUUAAUUAAUUUGCUUCUUGUCUUUCUUUGUGGUACCUGUUUCUUUGGUUUGAAAUUAUUGGUAGUUUGGUCCGUUAAGUUAUGAAUAUCCUGUGAGUCUUAUUUGUGAGUCUGUUAUAUCCUAAAGAAAAAAGAAAGGUUGAUCGUCGACGUACAUAAUAUCUUAAGACAGGUCAGCAUGAAAAAUUCUGAAAAUAAAUGAAAAAUGAUCGAUUUAAAUACUUACAAGUUACAAUAUGAGCAUAUUGGUACCCUCGUUUGUUUAAUGAUCAUACCCCAUAAUCAGGUCAGUUGACCCCAAUAACCCUUUCUUCUAUCCCGUUAUUUUUGAGUGAAGAUGCAACUUUAACCAUAAUGUUUCUCGAGUUUUUCUUCAAGAGAAGGGGGCAAGAUGUUUGAUGCAAUCCCUCAGAGGGUGUUCCAUUGUCUCUUCAAUUUUCAUCAAGGGUGGAGGUGCAAUGUCCUUGAAGUCUGAGAGGCAUUUCAAAAGUCCACGACAGGCAAGAAGAUGCCUGUAGAGACGUCACUACUGAUAGUGACGUAUCCGUAGUGACAAACUCUUGGAGCAAAUGGAAGUGGCUUUUACUGUACGACUGCUUUUGCUGCUUAUUUCCUCAUUGUUUCUGGCCUCAAUUUCUGUGGAUAAAAUAGCAGUGGGUGAUUAUCUCUCUGCAACUGCAGGUAACAACUCCUCAUGGCUUUCCUCUGGUGAUUUUGCCUUUGGAUUUCGCCAUCUUGAAAACAGUGAAUUUUUCUUGCUUUCUAUUUGGUUUGCCAAGAUACCAGACAAAACCAUAGUUUGGUACGCAAAUGGAGAUAGGCCUGCACCUAAGGGAGCAAUUGUGAACUUGACUUCCAGCAGUGGAUUAGUGCUUACAACUCCUCAGGGUGAACAGCUAUGGAGAUCUGAACUAACCAUUGCUGGUGUUGUUGCUCAUGGGUUUAUGAAUGAUAAGGGUAACUUUGUUCUGGAAGAUGAGAAGUCAGAAAAGUUAUGGGAGACAUUCAAGAAUCCUACUGAUACCAUGUUGCCUGGGCAAAUAAUAGAAAGAGGAGGUAGACUUUCUUCUCGACAAUCAGAGACUAACUAUGCAAGAGGACGCUUCCAGAUAGAUUUUCAAGAAGAUGGGAAUCUUGUGUUUAGUGCCAAAAAACCUUUUUAUUCUACUGCAACUACCAUGGGGACUGUUCCAGGUAGUGAAGGUAAACAAUUGGUUUUCAAUGACUCCGGCAACUUCUAUAUUCUGCGAGUGAAUGGUGGAAGAUUCACUUUCACAGCAGAGGAACGCCUAGCAAGGGACUACUAUCUCAGGUCAACUCUCAACUUUGAUGGGGUUUUGGCUCAAUAUUUUCUCCCUAAGUCUUUUGUUGACACUGUAAGCUGGAAACCUCUUUGGUCAGAACCAGAUAACAUUUGCCAGAAAGUUGAUUCAGGUGCUGGUGUAUGUGGGUACAACAGCAUCUGUACUCUGAAAACAGAUCAGAGGCCAACCUGUAAAUGCCCAAGGGGAUACUCUUUGCUUGAUCCAAAUGAUCCGUACGGGAGCUGCAAUCCAAAUUUCAGUCGUGGCUGUGAAGAUGAGCCUAGUUUUUCAAAAGAUCUCUUUGAUGUUCAGGUGCUACCAAAUACUGACUGGCUUACCCCCGGUUAUGAGCUGUUAAAUGCUUCUACUGCAGACAAAUGCAAUCAAUAUUGCAAGCAAGAUUGUUUGUGUGAUGUUGCUAUCUACCGCAAUGAAACCUGUUGGAAAAAGAAAUUACCUCUCUCAUAUGGGAGAGAAGACAGUAGUCUGAAUGCAAAGACUUUCAUCAAAUUCAGGAAGGAUAAUUCAACUCUACCGGCUCCACCAUGUCGACCUCCAUAAAAUGGAGCAGGCUGAAACCUGUUUGGUUUUUGUUGCAGGCAAGGAUUGACAGUGUUAGCUCUUUGUGUUUCUUAUUGUUUUUUUUCUGUAAUUUUGUUCUGCGAUCACUUGGAUUUUGUUUGCCUUUGAUCAUAAGAGAUCAAUAUGAUUUCGUUAGAAAUAAUGAGGCGUGAUUAGAAAACAUAAAACUGUUGACCUCAUCAAUCCUUUAUGAGUGAAAAAAUAAUAAGUUCCUUUUCUU